CAGGCUGCUUGAGCCUGAGGGUUUGGAACAAUGCAUCCCAGCUGUUGCACACUGGGACAAAAUCUACAUAUGGUAUCAGACUUGCAGCAGGGCGCUCCCUUUACGAGCAGAGGUGGACCCUUUGAGUUAGAGACGCCCAACGAAUCCCAGGGCUGGUCAUCGUAUGAGUUCAGUGAGCGUAUCAGGAUCAUUGGCUUCCAGGUGGUCAAAAUCAGCUAAGAUACAGUUGUCGCAAUUGAGAAUUCUGUUGCAGGACGGUAUCUUUCUUGAAAAGUACUUUGCUCCACAGCUUACAUUGCUCCAUGGAGCGGGACGGGGAUGCCCUGAUCAGCGACUCUGCCGGUGCCCAGAUACGCCAUGACGAGGAUGGGGAAGCUCCAAAGGCAACCGGCACGAAAGCGGGGCAUCAUUCUCGGAAAGAAGACAAGUCUCCGCUGCUCCCAAAGCACUACGCUCUUGAGCCGCUUGAAGUGGAGUAUGGUGGGCAGCCUGUGGGAACGAAGGGCACGGACUUGCCAGAUAGUGGAACGGCGUCUAUUUCAAGUGGCGUGUUCAACUUGUCCACCACCAUUGUGGGGGCGGGAAUCAUGGCCCUCCCCGCCACCAUGAAAGUCCUGGGCCUUCCGCUCGGCCUCUUCAUCAUCCUGGCCAUUGGGGCCCUCACAGCGUACUCGAUCCACCUGCUACUCAAGUACUCGCUACAGCGCAAGUGCUGGACGUAUAGCGACCUUCUUGAGGACGCGUACCCGCGCGUCGGCCGCCUUGCGCUGCAGAUUGCCGUCAUAAUCAACAACACGGGCAUCCUCGUAGUUUACCUCAUCAUCGUUGCGGACGUUUUGUCGGGGUCGGGGAAGGGCUCCGAGCACCACACGGGCUUGCUGGAGGAGUGGGCGGGGGGUGCUCGGUGGUGGAAUGGGCGGACUGUGGUGGUUCUGGUAACGCUACUGACGGCGCUGGGGCCGCUCUGCUGUUUGAAACACAUAGAUUCGCUGCAUUACACGAGCGCAGCUGCGUUCGGGCUGGCCGUGGUGUUCGUGGUGAUUCUGAUCAUUGUUACACUCAUCCGGCUGGCGGAAGGGCGCAUCGGGCUGCCGCAGCUGCUGCCGGCGUUUGCCACGUGGCACGACUGGCUGCAGCUCUGCUCCGUGGUGCCGGUCAUGGCGAACGCGUUCGUCUGCCAUUUCAACGUGCAUCCAAUCUACGUGGAGCUGCGGGACCGCUCGGAGGCGCGCAUGGCGCGCGUGGUGCGCGCAUCCAUCGGCAUGUGCACAGCGGUGUACCUGCUGACGGCCUCCUUCGGCUUCCUGCUCUUUGGGUCGGCGAUCCAGGGGGACGUCCUCUCCAACUUCGACACAGACCUCAACAUCCCCUUCAGCGCAGCAGUGAACGACGUGGUGCGCUUGAGUUACGCGCUCCACCUGUUGGGCGUUUUCCCGCUCAUCCAUUACUCGUUCCGGGAGGUCGUGGACGCCUUGCUCUUUUCCGGGGCACCCCCGCUCGCGCACAGCCCCGUGCGCUUCUACGGCAUCACCGUCGCGCUGCUGACGUUGACCUUCAUCGGCUCGGCGUUCGUUCCGAACAUUUGGGUGGCGUUUGAGUUUACGGGCGCCACGGCGGCGGUCUCAUUGGGGUUUACGUUCCCCGCGUUGAUUGCCUGGCGGUGGGGGGCCAAGAUGGCGGGGUACAGGGAACGGUACUUAGUUUUGACGAUGAUAUCCAUUGGGGUGCUCGUGACAAUCACGGGCACUCUCUCGAACAUCAUCAAACUCAGCACAGGACAACUAUGACGCUCGUUAUUCAGCUCCUUAUGGAUCGACAAUUUUCCAACGCGCUGUGUUUCAGUUGCACGUGACGCACGACGUUACGAGCCCCGUCAAUCUUGGGCUUGUUGCCAGAUGUAUAUGGCACUAGCUGGCCGUCAUGCCAUUAUACAAGUGUGGUGGCGUGUUGUCGCAACGAAACUGCCAACAUCGAAGCCUGACAAAGUAAUAGCACGAACACCUCCAGAAUAUAUCAAAGCUUGUGCUCAUAUCCUCAUGAGCCUUGAGCUAUGUGCAUUACUCUGCUAAUUAAGCUGUAUCUUGUUAAUGUUGCUAGCUCAUCUUCCAUUCCAAGUUCAAACAAUCCACCCGUGAAAAGUUGGCAUCGAGAACGAGAGUUCUUACAAACACAUGAGGCCGCCCUGUGCAGUCAACACGAUACGUAAGUUAAUUGGCUAGAAACGUUUAGACGCAUUUGGCAAAAGUAUAUUAAGACUCGCUCCCCUCGCGACCGUCGUGCCUGUGACCGAGAGAUUUAAAGUUCAGCUCCUGGCGUGAAUUUGAUACAAACCUUCACGUGGACAAUUGCAG